AUGAACGCAAACACUAUCCAAAAUCCUAAUGAUCCAAUAACGAACCCGCCUCCAGGAGACACUGUGCAGUGCUUAAAAUGGGCUCCAACUCCUCAAAUGAAUUUGCUUUGUGCUGGCUCAUGAGAUUCAAAGUGUUCGAUAUGGGAAAUCGACCAAGCGGGUAACAACAUCCUAAAAGCUCAAACUUCCCUUACAGAGCCCGUUCUUUCAGUUUCAUGAAAAAAUGAUAUUUCAUCAGUUUUUGUAGGAGGCUGCGACAGUCAAGUUCGUAUCUGGGACUUAGCAACGAACCAAACCCAAGUAAUUGGUACGCAUCAGGCUCCUGUUAGGGAUGUCUGCUUUAUUGAACAGAUGGGCAUUGUGGCUUCUGGAAGCUGGGACUCUAGUGUAUGCUUUUGGGAUGGAAGACAGCCUAACGCAAUACUAAAACUUCCAAUGCCUGGAAGAAUUUUUGGUAUGAGCAUGAGAUUCCCUUUAUUGGUGUCAAUAAUUUCAGACAAGCGAUAUGCUGUGUGGAAUUUACAAAGAUUCCAACAAGGAAAUACAAAUGCUGAAAUGACGUCUGAUCCUUCAUUAAAAUUCCAAAUUAGAUCAGUUGAAUGUUAUACUACUUUUAUUAAUAUAAUUUUAGAGAUAAAUAAAAAUCUCAGGGUGUUAAUUUUUUUUUUAUUUAUUAUAAAAUAGAUAUAACGAUGCCAAAGGUUUUGCACUUGGACUUAUUGAAGGAAGAUGCUCUAUGAAAAAAGUCAAUUUAGAUACUAUGAAGGUAGAAAACGAUUUUACGUUUAAAUGCCACAGAGACAAUAACAACGCAAAUAGCUUAAAUUGUAUUGCUUUUAAUCAAGUGUAUGGAACGUUUGCAACUGGAGGAAGCGAUAAUUCAUUUAUCUAUUGGGACAAAAUAGCUAAACAAAGACUAAAAAGCUACACAAACCUUUCAGCUCCUGUCACAGCGAUGGAUUUCAAAAUUGAUGGAAGCUUGUUUGCAUAUGCUCUUGGAUAUGACUGGCAUAAAGGUAUUGAAGGAGCUGGGUCUGCACCGAGCAAAAUUUGCUAUAGACCUUGUGGAGAGGACUGUAAACCAAAAGGCUAUAUGGGGCAGCCGUCAGCAUUUAAGUAA